AUGGUUUCUUCAUCUCAUUCAUUGUUGGAUACAGUUGAUAUUGGGGUGUUGGAAAAGCCUUUUAAAAAUCCACAUUUCAAGAGGAAUCCACGAAGAAAUAAAACUCUUCGUCAGGUCUUGAUGUAUGAAGCACAGCUUCAUACAUCAACGUCUCCUUUAUCUCCAGAUGUACCAACAUAUAGUAAUAUUGAAGCAUCACCAAGUCUUUUUCCGUGCUCUAAAUGGUGUGAUAUUACGGGUUUGCAGGGUUUAUAUACAGAUCCUAAGACUGGAUUGAGAUUUCAUAAUAAAGAGGUUUUUUCUAUAAUUAAGAAUAUGACGCAAGGUGUUGAACAACAAUUUUUGCAGUUACGUGGUUCUCAUGUGAUGUUACGUUAA